AUGGAUGAUGCCCUAGUUGCGUAUCACUUGCCAACCUCUGGAUUCAACUUCUCUCAGCAGGUCUCGUCCUUGACUCAAACAAUCAGCUUAUCCCACAAGAAAUUCCAAGACUUCGAAACUUUCUUCCCGCUUCUCAAAGAACAUUUACUCGGAAUCCCAUCUAGUGAGCUUGUCCCGUUAGAAACAUCACGAAAGUCGUUGCAAAAGUGUGGCGUUCGCAUUCCACUGAGUGAUCCGAUCGAUCCUGUACAAUGGAAGGUCGUCUUCAUCCCUCCUAAGGAGGUCGAGAUUGUCGGAAGUUGGUCAUUGAAAAAUGGAGUAACUCCUUCCAGAAAGCAUCCACAUGCCAUAAUCGAUCUGCUUGUCCAAAUUCCUCUGGGUGUCUUACAAGAAAAGGAUUACCAGUCGAAUCGAUAUUUCCACAAACGCGCCCACUACUUAGCCAAUAUCUCCAAAUCGCUGUUAAAGUCUCCAUUUUCCGAAAAUUACGAGUUCAGCUACUCUUUCCUGGAAGGCGAUUCCUUCAAACCGAUCCUCAAUAUCCGGCCCCCGAAAGAUUCAAAAUCGGCAUCUAAUUGGACUGCCCGCCUGAUACUCUCUUACCCUCAAUCAGUCUUUCCUCUCGCGAAACUCGCACCUUCCAAGGACAACCUCAAGUCGACCUUAAAUGCGUCUCCAGACUACAACCAGUCUAUCCUAAUGGACUCGAGUGAACUCAACCUGAAACACCACACAUUUUUCACCCAGCUGUCUGUAAAAUCACCGGCCUUCAAUCAGACGUGCCAGCUCGUGAAAGCCUGGGCCCAACGUAAAGUGUUCUAUAAGCAGGCCAAAUCAACCCAAGUCGAUCACUGCUUGCUCGGCUUUUCUCGGUUUGGCUGGUUUGUCAACUUCCUCGUGGCCCAUGUCCUCAUUGGAAAUCGUGAAGGGGGGCAGAAGGCCAACAUUGGCGGGACAAUCUUACAAACUGAUCCAGCUGCGCUCUGGAAACAUGUAAUUGAUUGGCUAUCCAAAUGGAACCCUGAAUCCAUCGUCAGGAUGAAAGCAAUGGAGGAUACUCAUCCCCUCUGUGCUGCUGCACAACGGACUGCAUCACUGCUAAAAAGUGACAAAGAUGUAUUCGGAGCAGUAUUUUCUCGGCCCUCAUCUUCUUUUGCCUCAAGCUUUGAUAAUCAUUUUGUCAUUAGAAUAUCGGACGAGGACAUCCAAAGGUUGUGCCAUGAAGAGGAACGGAGAACUCUUCAUGCCACCCUACAGGUCUUAUCGACUAAUCUUCAACUUGCUCUUGGAAAGCGAGUUGUAGGUUUUGCCCUUCUCCGCCAGCUUCCCGAGACAUCACUGAAGUUUGAAAAGACUCGCUCGAAAACGACUCGUCUUACUCCAAAUGAAUCUACUAUCCUGCAGCUGGGACUGGUCUUAGACCCAGCUCACGCUUUCAAUUUGGUCACAUAUGGCCCCUCGCCAGAUUCAUCCCCACUCGAACUCGAGAAAUUUUGCAAGUUUUGGGGUGAUCGAUCUGAUUUACGACGUUUCCAAGAUGGUUCGAUCAAACAAUGUGUCAACUGGGAAGUUCGGAAUCCGCUUGAACGUAUGCAAAUUAUCAAACAGAUCAUACGCUGGGUCCUGAUCGAAAAGCUCAAAUUCAAAGACGAUCGACGUGUCGUUUGGGACCUCAUCGGCGACUUUGACGAUUUCAUUCAGGAAAAUCCCACUCAGCUGUCGAAGAUUUACGAAAAAGAUCCCAAGGAGCUCGGCUUUACCCAUGUGAUGAAGAUUUUCAAUGAAUUUACCAAAGAACUAAAGACUCUGAAGGAGAACGGCUUGAUACCUCUCUCGAUCACCUCCGUGCAGCCUGAUUCCGAGUAUCUCCGCUAUUCUUCGGUAUUUGUUCCUGGCCCUCGUCGUCUAAAACACUAUGCCAAUCAACCUUUAACCACGAAGUAUCUACCAAGCCUUCUAUGUCAAUUGAAAUUCGAAAGCUCGGGGAAGUGGCCAGAGAGCUUAGAAGCCAUCCAAAAAAUCAAAGCGGCACUGCUUGUCAAGAUCGCUGAAGGGCUAGUCCAAUCAGAGAAAGUUGUCGAGUGCACGAUGGUGUUUGAUCACAAGGUGCUUCCCAUCUGCCAGAACGUCACGUUGGAUGUUCUUCAUUCCUCAGGCCAUGCUUUCAAGUUGAUGGUCUGUUACGAGCGGGAAGAAAUGUUACUGGAAGAAGCUCUGGCUAUCGACAGUAACGAUCCUAGAGAGGCCCCAGAAUGUAAAACUUCUUGGAUAGUCGAAGCACUUGCAUACUAUCGUAAGACAUUUGUCUACUCGAGGAAGCAUCACGAUGCCAUCGCUGCCCUUCAGACAAGAUUCCCUUCGUUUACGUAUACUGUGAGACUGAUCAAGCGAUGGUUCAGUACCCAUAUGUUACUUUCCACACACAUAUCGGUCGAGCUAGUCGAAUUGCUAACUUCCGUGGUGUACUUACUUCCAGAGGACGCGCUUCCCCCAACAACAGGAUCUUCAGGAUUCAUACGCUUUCUGAGAUUUCUGAAAUGUUGGGACUGGAAAAAGCAACCUUUAAUGAUCCCGCUUCAAUCAUCAAUCGGGUUGCCUACCAACGGUCUCACUCACUUUCCCGUUGAAUCCGUGAAAGCGGCCCAACAGAGCUUCCAGGCAACUCGCAAGAAGGAUCCUGGAUUCCAUCGAUAUACUUACUUUGUUGCGACUGAAGACGACCUGGAAGGUUCGAGAUGGCUGCUAAGCCCACGUGGCGAUCCAGAGGCGAGCAGGACAGCGGUCAGCAUCCUACGUCCUACCCGAUUGAUCUCAGAUCGGCUCCAGGCGCUUGCCAGUGCCUCUUUGGAGGUCCUUGAGCCGAGCAUAGAACUUGGCUCCGUCAGCUUUCAGCCCAAAACAAUCUUCAAAAGUCCGCUUACGCACUUCGACUUUCAUCUCCUUCUUGACCUUUCUUGCUCGACUCGUCUCCAUCAAUCCGUCGAUCGAGUCUGUCCGGACUCCGUUUCUUCGGCAUCUGCGCUUGAGACCCGACCCCAAAUCGAUGACGACCCUGUUCUCGAAUUCUUUGAAGCAUUGCAGCAUACCUAUCGAGAUUCGAUCGAGUUCUUCUAUGAUCAAUUCGGGGGGCCACUCAUUGGUGGUGUGGUUGACCAGCGAAUUCUCGCCGGAGGAUCUAAAAGUUCCAAACGUCGGCAAUCCGGAGAUCUCGCCAAGCCGCUCGAUGAAGCAUCCGUUUCUGUUCAUCCGACCAACACCACCGCUAAUCCUAGCAAGAUGUCUGCCGGUGGUGGUGGUGGUGCUAAUGCUGAUGGCCGCAGACGUAAAGCGGCGUUUGAUCUCGAUGCUUGUCUCGCGGAAAUCUGCGACGGUAUCGGUCAAGGCUUGGUCGCUAAAGUUCUGAAGAAAGGCGUCGAUUAUUAG